AGAGAGAGAGAGAGAGAGAAGGAAAAAAUUAUAGACAGCCUUAGAUUUACAAUGGGUCAAUAUACAAUUCUUCAACUUCUACAGUGCUGCAAAAGCAUUACCACAUUUAAUAGAAAUCACUGUUAACUUUUUCCUAGGCUAGAGAUAAUAUGGUAUAAUACCCUUCUGUGUUGCUCAAGUAUAACAGUAUACCAAGGCCCCCAAUCAGCCACAAGAUGAGUGUAAAAUACUGAUUCUAGUGUAUGGUGUGUGUGUGUGUGUGUGUGUGUGUGUGUGUGUGUGUGUGUGUGUGUAACUUAUAUUCAACUUAUGAUAGGUUUAUCAUAAAUCAAGGAGUACUUAUAUCACUAUUCAUGAAUAACAUGAAUAUACACUCUUGAAACAGUAAAGAAUACCCACAGAAAAUCUGUUAGAACUGAUGAAUUCAGAUGUUACAGAAUACAAAACAACCAAGGAAAAUCAGUCACAUUUUUAUACACUAACAAUGAACAACCCAAACACAAAUUAAGGACCAAACUGCAUUUACAGUAGCACUCUAACCAAGGAGGGAAGACUCAUAUACAAAAAGUAAAAAAUGUUACUGAGAGGCGGAGCGGAAACGGGGAGCAGAGUCUCCGGGCGCCCAGCGCUCUCCGUCCUACCUCCAUCCCGGCCCGGAGGCUGUUGCGGCGCCGCUGACGUCCGCGGCGGGCUGUGGCUGCAGCUCCAGCUCGCGAGCUCCGCGGCGGUGGCCCGCGUGAUUGACGGGAAGCCCGCGGGCCAGUUAUGUCAAAGCAGAGGGAGCCGUGCUGAAGAUGGACACACAGCACUAGAGAGUUUUUCCUCUUUUCUCAAACGUCCUGAUUAUUUGGUGUCUUGUCUCCAGUCACUGCUUCUCAAUCAAGUCUGUUUGCUUCAUCAGAAAUGUUUUUUACAAUCUCAAGAAAAAAUAUGUCCCAGAAACUGAGUUUCCUGCUGCUGGUGUUCGGACUCAUCUGGGGGCUGAUGUUACUUCACUAUACAUUUCAACAGCCACGGCAUCAGAGCAGCGUCAAGUUACGUGAGCAGAUCCUAGAUUUAAGCAAAAGAUACGUGAAGGCCCUGGCAGAGGAGAGUAAGAGCAUGGUGGAUGUGGACAGUGGAGCAUCCAUGGCAGGCUACGCGGAUCUGAAGAGGACGAUCGCAGUCCUCUUAGACGACAUCCUGCAACGCUUGGUGAAGCUGGAGAACAAGGUCGACUAUAUUGUUGUGAAUGGUUCGGCAGCCAAUACUACCAAUGGCACCAGUGGGAGCUUCGUGCCGGUGACCACCCACAAAAGGACGAGCGCGCCGGGCAGUGUCAGAUAGCAGUGAGGGCCACCUGCAGGGCUGCACCACUGUGGAGUACAUCCGUCGCAGGACACCUCUAAACCGCUGCCUGGGACGCAGUGAUACUUGACAAUAAAAGCUCUAUGCAUUUUCAAGGAGCUCGCUGGAUUCAUAGGACGCUAAUUCUGUAUAUAAACUCGCAGGCACUCUUAGUUUGCUUUCCCACAAAGCUCUUCAAUGCUGUUCUGUAUCCUUCCUGGGAGUUUGGCAGCACAGUGGAUGUGGUGAGCAGGGAGGUCAUCUUCGUAUCCAUCUUUAGUAUCUGAGAUCAAGAAGAAACAAAAACACCAGAAAGACAUGGAGUCCUUUCUAUAAAAUAUUUAUUUAAGUAUGUAACAUGUUUUUCAGAGAAGCGGACGACAACAUUACUGAAUUAUUCUGUCGUCUGCCCUCAUGAUGUCCCUGUGAGUAGAAAACAUGCUUAAUUCCAGUACUAUAUUUUGUUACUCAGAUUAUGAGCAGGAAAAGGAAGUGUCAUGUUAAAAAUCAUGUUUUGAAAUAGACCCAAAGAAUGUUUUCAUUUGCACUAUCCUUCAAAAUAACUGAAGGUUAACUGUAUAUUUUUUAAAAAUAGCAUUUGUAAGAGUAUAAUUUUGAAAUGGGUAGCAACCACUGUCCAUAGCCUAACCAUUGGGGACUAUUUAAUAGAAAUGAGAGUAAUCUCUAAUCUCAUACUUAAAAAUUUCUUACAUAUAUUCUGCAUAAUAAUACAUAUUUUUAUGAUGAAAUGAAAAAUAAAAUAUG